UGGGUCUUACAUCUCCUAAAACGCUUGUAAAGCUUGUAGCUAGUUGGGCCAGGGUUAUGUGACUGUCGUCCCUUUACGCUGAUAUUGCACCGUGCUUCUCAAACCCCCAAAUAAUUAUAUUUUAAACGUUUUCGGUAUGAAAAACCGACCCUUGUCUGCUCGUCCCGGGGUUUCUUACAAGAUCCGCCCGGGAAAAAGGGAUCGUUAUGGGAAUGUGCAGCUCUGCAAGCUGGCCGCCAAAACAGGCGAGGGCCUCAAACCGAGCUCCAGCGCAGCAGAGGAGGGAGAGAUCCAGCAGAACCCGGGGUUUGAAGCGGUGCUAGUAGAGGACGGGGUCUGUGUAGUUGUGCUGAAUGCCGGGCAGAAACUAACUUUCACAGGGAAAUGCAGCCUAACGUGUUUAUAUGGCAGUGUCCAAGUGUUUGGCUUCACCAUUUACCAGGACCAAACAACAUGUGAGUUGUUUUCCCCUAAUACACAGUCACCUUUGACAAUUGAAGGGCUGAUGAAUAAGAGAACGUCAAAAACAAGGAAAGAGAUUCGUAUGGAAGCCAGAGCACUUUUACGAGGACACCUCCCUCUUGAUGCAAGACGAACACUUAUGCAAAGCUUUAAAUCUUCAAGCUCCAUAUUAUUACUUGAGCGUUUGGAAGAUACAAUGACUAGCUAUAUUUUGAGUCACCCAGAUUUUUCUACGGUGUUUUCCAGCAAAGCGAAAGAAAAAAGUUCUACAUUGUUGGACAACCUAGUUCUGCACUCUGUUGGAAUUGAAAAUUGUGAUCCAGAGUGUGGUAUCAAGAUAUCAGAAAAAUGCCUUGUAGCGGUAAAGGAAAUUAUUCAUGCCUGCCUUGAAGAAGAUAAUGGCUGCCCAGUCAUCCUUGUAUGUGGUCCUAAAAAUGUUGGAAAAUCUACUUUUAAUCGGUAUCUUAUUAAUCAGUUAUUAAACCACAUAUCAUGUGUAGGCUAUUUGGACUGUGACUUGGGACAAACAGAGUUCACUCCUCCUGGAUGUGUAUCCUUACUGAGCAUAACAAAGCCGGUUCUUGGUCCACCAUAUACCCACCAAAGAGAAGCUUAUAAAAUGGUUUAUUUUGGAGAAACCUCUUGUGAACAGGAUAUGGAGCGUUUUAUUGAAUCUGUGAAAUAUGUCAUGACUUCCUAUAAACGAGAAGAACCGCUGAUUAUAAAUACAAUGGGAUGGGUUAAAGGGUUUGGAUUGCUGCUUCUCAUUGAUUUAAUCCGUCUUCUAUCGCCCAGUCACAUUGUACAAAUUCUUGCCAAAGGCGGCGACGUCAUGGAGCCUCUUACGCCAAAAUAUCUUCAGCAUUCCCCUGGUUUCCUAACAAAAGGGACUUCUCGGACAAAGAGUAAAGAUAGUGAAUUUGAGUCCUCCGAUGAAGAGAGACAAGAACAUCUACACAGUAUCAGGACUCCUACUGAUCAGCAUCUCUUUACUGUUGAGACAGAUUUCAUAGGAGCAGGAGAAACCUCUCGUGUGCGAUGCCAUAGUGGACUCCUCCGUGAUCUUUCAAUGUUGGGUUAUCUGAGCAAGUUACAGCAGUUUGACCUUGAACAAAUUGUGCCGUUAAACUGCUUGUUACCAUAUGAGGUUCCCUUUAAGAGAGUUGCAUUGCGUAUUGUACAUUCAGAGGUGGCGCCAUCUCACAUCAUGUACUCCAUUAACGCCAGCUGGAUUGGACUUUGCCGAAUACUUGAUGAUAUUAGCAGUGAGGGUGAUGGGCCAAUUAUACUGAAACAGACGCCAGUCUGUGAUUGCCUGGGAUUCGGAAUAGUUCGUGGAGUUAACAUGGAAAACAAGGUUUACCACAUACUCACCCCAGUUCCGCCGGAGUCACUGCGAUUAGUUAACUGCCUAUUAAUUGGAAACAUUUCCAUACCACACUCUGUACUGAAGAACCAGCUUGGCAUUAAAGGGGAAAUCCCUUAUGUCACAUCAGAGUAUGAUUUUACAAUCUCAGGAGCUGGAAAAAUGAAGAUAAAUAAGCAACUUAAGAGAAGGGAACACAAAAAAUAGUCAAUUUUAUUAAGAUUAUUAUUUUUUUUUUUUUAAAGCAAAAGGACUAAACUUUGUCAGGAUAAGUUAUUUACAUUUGUUGGAGAAUUAAACCACUGCUGUGUAAAUAUUUUUUUUUGUAUGUCUACCAUGUGCUUUCAGAAGGUUUUUAAAAGUAGUUUUGGGUUUAAUCGUUGCAUGAUAAUAAACAUGCUUCACAAAUAA